AUGGGCGGGGAGCGUUUCUGGCCCAAGUCCAACGACUUCCCAGACGAAGUGCUGAAAUGCGAACGCAUUCUGCGCGCAUUCACCGUCGACGGCAUCGAGGCCAAACCCACGGCCACUGCCAAUUCCACUACCGAUGACGCCGACACAAUUGUCGAGCACGACCCCAAGAAGAACAGCUUCAUCCACAAGAAGCGCAAAGUGCUGCGAAAGAUCCCUCCUGCGGUCAUCAAGCGUGCCAAAGGCAUCGUCAUUUACACAGCCAUGCGCAGCGGCAUUGCCCCCUUAGGCGGUGCAGGCGGAGCGGGGCUCAUGCUCGCCCGUCUUCCCGACGGCAGCUGGAGCGCCCCCUCCUCUAUCAGUCCCAACAAUUUGGCCGUCGGACUUCUCCUCGGCUUCGACAUUUUCGACGUCAUCCUCGUCGUCAACACCGACCGAGCCAUGGAGUCGUUCAAAUCGCAUAAAGUCACGCUCGGCGCGGAAACAGCCGUAGCCGCCGGUCCCUUUGGUACGGGUAUUAGCGGCGAGAUGGGUAUUGAUCGCAGUCCUGUCUUCUCAUAUGUCCGCUCACGCGGUCUGUAUGGAGGCGUCGAAGCCAUGGCGCAGGCGUUCUUGCACCGAUUCGACGAGAACGAGCGCAUCUACUACUGGCCUGGCAUCACUGCGCACGAUAUUUUUGCAGGCAAGGUGCGCAAGCCCCCGCUUGUCGAUCCGCUCUACCGUGCGCUGCGCGAUGCUGAAACGGGUGUCGCGCAGGGUGACUCGCUCGAACGCACCGUCUACGAGACCGUGCACGCGCCGCCCAAUGUUGCCGUCAAGCAGCUGCAGCAGGAAGAAUCUGCGGAGCUGUUGCAGGAUGGCGAGCGGUUGAAGCUUCCACCCACGCCGGAAGAGCUGGAAGCGAUGGAGGAGGCGGGCAUUCCGGACGACUUUGAUCUCGAGUUGGAGAAGAAGGAGCGGGAGGAAGCAGCGAAGAGGGCGGAGCAGGAGAAGAGGGAGAUCAUGGCGCUGCCGCCACCGCCCAAGCACAAGAGUGUAGUGGGCUAUUGGCAGUCGAGAGGCACCACUCCGGGUGGGAAGAGACGCGUGGCUCCUUCGCCGUUGCAUGCUGAGAGUAAGGCUGAGGAGGAACAGACGGUGGAUGCGGUUGGGGAAGAGGGCAAGUUGGACAUGAUUGAUUUGGACGAGCCGAGUCAACCGCCUCUGCCGCCUCGCCGUGUGCCGGAGGCUGGGCACGACACGCUGGCCGAGGAACUGGAAGGAACGACGCUGGAUACUCCUUUCGAGUCGGCGAAGGAGCUCGGAUCAUCCCCAGCUGAGGAUGGAGAAGCAGUGACCUUGAUCGGCGCUGACCCGCUUCCCGAGUCAACCUCUCGACCAAGCACACCCGUUUCCGCCAUCCCCAUUGAGCUGGCACAGUCAGCAGACUCCUUGUCGCGAUCAACGUCUCUGACGCGACCGUCUCGUCCCCCACGUCGUGGUGCCGCUGCUGCCAAUGCUCCCCGCUCACCCACCACGACUUCCCCCACCACCACCCCUCCUACCCUUCCUACCACCUCCCCACCUCUCCAGCUGUUUUUCGACUGGGACGAAACCAUCACGGCGUCAGACACACUCUCGCUCAUCGCGCCUCCCGAGACGAAGCAGCUCCACGGGCCGGCGUUCCCGUCGUACACAUCAGCGUACCUGUCGGACCUCUCUGAAUACGAGUCGCACUUCGGAGAGCGCACGGACUGGCCGCGGCAGCUGGAGUUUCUCGCGGGGAUCGAUACUGUUGAGCAGGCGUCCGUAGCGCGUGUCGAAGACGGAGGCCUGUUCAAGGGUAUGUCUAACGCCGAAAUGCUCGAACGUGCCGAGACGCGCGUCGAGUUCCGUUCCGGCUGGGACGCAUUUUACGAAUGGCUGGGCGGACACUCGGACGUACGCGCCGACAUCAUCAGCGUUAGUUGGAGCGCUGCCUUCAUCCGCCACGCCAUCGAGCACCAACGGCAACCAGGGGUGAUCGGGACCGUGUACGCAAACGACGUCGAGAUGGACGGCGGUGUGGGCACGGGCAAGUUGACAAAAUCCAACGAGGGCGCGAUCCGAACCGCGCUGGACAAGCUGCGUGUCAUGCGGGCUCACCACGCGGCGCCCGCGUCGGUGAGCGUGUACGUCGGCGACUCGUCCACCGACCUCCCUUGCCUCCUCGCCGCGCACUACGGCCUGCUCAUGAAGCCAAAGAACGAGUUCGAAGGGUCGUCGAUCAGCAGCGUGCUCGAGACCACAAAGCCGCCGAUUAGGACGUUUUAUGCAGACCACACGGAGUUUGUCAACUCGCACACUCCUGAACAGACGGGAGCAGCAGAGGGAGGGGAGAAAGAGGGGACGCUGAUCAGGGUAGAUGACUGGACACAGGCGUUGGAAGUGAUCCAGCACAUUCAGCUGCUGCACCAGCAGGGCAGUUCGUGA